CGCCUCCCCAGCCGGGCCCUCCCCUUUCCGCGGGAGGCGUCCCAGACAGCGGCUUGCUGGCGCGCAGUUCCCCCUGACUGUUCGCUCCCGGGUCUGGUUUCAUUUGCAGAGGACUCGGAAGCUGCUGCUCCCGGAGCACAGCGGGCAGAACUGCGGGCUGCGCGCGCCCCUGCUGCCACCGGGCGUCCCGCGGUGGCUCCCGCGCCCCGCGGCUACUUCCGCGCCCGCGCUCCGCUUUGUUCAAGUCCCCGAGCGGCGGCGGGGUCGGAGCCCGCGCCCUGGGCGACUGAGGCGCCCGCAGUCCGCGCCCCGGCGCCGUGGCGAUGCCGGACCAGAUCUCCGUGUCCGAAUUCGUGGCCGAGACCCUUGAGGACUACAUGGCGCCCACGGCCUCUAGCUUCACCACGCGCACGGCCCAGUGCUGGGACACCGUGGCGGCCAUCGAGGAGGUGCUGCAGGAUCUGUGGAAACACAAGGAGUUCACCAACCAUGAGCUUCAGGAGUGAUACAAGGGUUUCCUAAAUGACUGUCCCACUGGCCACCUGACUGUGGACAAUUUCAAGAUCUAGGCCAACUUUUUCCCCUACAGAGAUGCCUCCAAGGUCGCUGAACGUGUCUUCCACAACUUUGACACCAACAGCAACAGCACCAUCGACUUCCGAGUGUUCAUCAUUGCUCUGAGCAUGACCUCUCGGGACAAGCUGGAACAGAAGCUGAAGUGGGCCUUCAGCAUGUCUGACCUAGACAGCAAUGGCUAUAUCAGCUGCAGUGAAAUGCUGGAGAUAGUGCAGGCCAUCUACAAGAUGGUGUCCUCCAUGAUGAAGAUGCCUGAGGACGAGUCCAUGCCCGAGAAGCGAACAGACAAGAUCUUCAGACAGAUGGACACAAACAAAGAUGGCAAAAUGUCCCUGGAUGAAUUCAACAAAGGUGCCAAGAGGGACCCAUCCAUUGUCCGGUUGCUGCAGUGUGAUCCCAGCAGUGCUAGCCAGUUCUGAGGGGAAUGGGCUUUUACACAGUUGUGAGAAACACAGGCUUGACCUGCCAUCUUCAGCUUUGCUUGAUACAGUGGUUUUCUCCGUGAUUUCUUCUGCUCUCUCGGGACCUGGGUCCAGGCAGCACAUCACACUCACCUGGUCUGGCUGGAUGCAGCUCCCUCCUCUGUCUGAUCCAAUAGAUGUCCCUCCCCAUCCAGUCCAGACUGGUUCCUUCCAAGGUUUCAAGUGUUCUGGGCUGUAGGGCUUCUUCCCUGCCCACAGAGGGCCUGGAGGCCCUUAAGGACACCAGACAGGACAUUUCAGUAUCUUACGGAGACCAGCUGACUUAUUCUAUGAUCCCAGGUGACUUUGUGAGGAUGAAGAAGAUGGAGAGUAGAUAGGCAAGCCCUUCCUGUGCAUGGCUCCACCUCCCUUGUUCAUUUUCUCCGACCAAAGCUGCUUGCAUGUAUAUACUACAGUAUCCUUACUUUUAAUAUAUAAGUUUUGUAUAAAGUGAGAAGGUUCAGUCCCUGUAUUUAAAGCCUCUGACUGCCUUUAAAGCAUGGUCCCCUGUGGCCUGUGAUUCCCCCCACCCCCAAGUCUGGCUGUGCUGUGGUAUUUAAGUAUUUAUUUGCCUAAUUACACAGGAGAUACAUGCAUGCCCAAGGCUGUGGACAUCUGCCCUCUGUCCUGCAAAUACAGGUGUUCCUGUGUGCUCUGUCCUUCCUUUCCAUUGACCUGGCAUAUUAAAAUGAUCAAAUAAACCAAGGUCUGUGAGUUUC